AUGGCUAGUAAUAAUGCUUCAUUGUACUCCAAGGUACUCUCCAAGUGCACUAAUGACAUCCUAAAAAGAAUUGUCAUCACAUGUGGAUUCAAAGCCACCAUUGCCAAAAAAGAUGAAAGAAUCAACUCGAUUAUUUCGGGCUUGAUUCUCACCUCUAGUCUUCCUCCCAAGUUUGAUAUAAUCGGAGUAGAUAUUGGUUUAAAAAACUUUGCUUACUGCAAGCUUGAAAUGGGGCCGACCAAGCCCAAGAUCAUGGAAUGGAAUAAGUUCGAUCUUCACAAAAAAUAUAUAGAGGGAUAUGAACCGAUUUUAAAUUCCAAGUAUGACAGAGAUAAUAUCCUUUCUGAGAAUUUAGUUGACUCUACCAGGUACUUAAGUUACUUGUCCAACAAAAUUAUCACGGAGAUCAUCUUCCCCAGAUCACUAACAGUCCCUGCAAUCGCAGUGAUAGAACAUCAGAGAACAAGGUCAGUGGGCCAGCUGUCAACUCUACCGAACGUUAUGAAUAAUUUCUUGCUCGAGAACAUGCUAUACGCGUCUUUCUAUACCUACCAGAGAGAAGGCAAACAGACAAACGCCGUAACAGGUUCGUUAAUGAACCCAGUCUAUUCACAGAGUAUGGCAUACUUCUGGAUAAACCGAUUCGUCGAAGAAUUGACUGACAACAACAAAAAAUUCAUAGUGAAGCAUUCCAAGAGCAUGAGGACCAAGUUGGUAUACCAUUGGUUAAACAGGGCAUUCCUAAAUGAUGAUAAAACAGCGGCAAAUCGCUCGUAUCCAUUCUCGUUCGAUGCUGAAGUUCCCAAGUUAGACAGUUUAAUCAAUUCGAAAAAGCCUUACAUUUCCCAUGCAAACAAACCAAACAUGCUUUUGCAAAUCUUGCAAAUUGACGAGUGCAACGUCACCAAUUUCAAGAUCGAUGACUUGGUUGAUUCGUUAUUGCAUGCACUUUCUUAUGCUUCAUACCACCAUAAUAAGAUAAAGUUGAUCAAUGUGUUGACCAAGUGUGUUAAGCAAGAGGAAAAAGCAAAAGAACUCAUUCUAGAGUACGUAGAAGAGAGGAAAGAGGACCAGCUAGUUCUAUAUGAGGAUCUAAUCGAGGAAAUGAAAGAACAAGCAGGUAGAGAAAAGAAGAAGAAGGAUAAGAAGAAGAAAAAACCUGAAGAGAAGUUAACCGUCGCCAGUUGA